AUGGUGAGUACCAUCAAACCUCCGCAUUUCCCCUGGAACUUCGGAAGCUGCAGCGAGUACAGUUCCGCAGCCCCUGAACGGAGCCUGCCCUCCCAGGGCCCACGAUGGCUGGCAGCUACGUGUUUCGUAGUUCAGCUCUCUUCCACUGGAGCACGGCGCCCCUCUAGAUGUCAGCUUAAAUAUUAUUUCUUCAGAGGAGAUCUUAGUUCAGAAGUCUUGGGAGAUACAGCAAUUAUAAAAACGUGGUUUUUUAAUAAAGUGAUUUCAGACACUAUGGAUAUACUCUUCAGAAUAAGAGGAGGCCUUGAUCUAGCUUUUCAGCUAGCUACUGCGGAUGAAAUUUUUAUCAAGAAAGCAUUAAACCAUGUGUUGAGUGACUUGUCAACCAAGCUGUCUUCAGAUGCCCUUGUGUUCAGAAUCUGCCAUAGUUCAGUGUACGUAUGGCCUAACAGCGACAAGAACACCGUUCCUGGAGAGCUGACUGAUAGUUCUCCGUGUCAGAAUAUCCUGCGCUUUAUUCAAUUUGAACAGGAAGAGGAUACAAAACGAAAAUUCAUGAGGAAGAAAGAAAAAAAGUUACCAGACAUGCAUCAGGUGAUAAAUAUAGAUCUCAUGCUGGAACUGUCAACAACUCCUCUGAAUGCCCUAAGCCCCAUCAUUGAGAGAGAAAGCAGUGGGCACCACUAUGUUAACAUGACUUUACCGGUUGAUGCAGUUUUAUCUGUUGCUCCACAAGAAAUGUGGGGAAAAGUUCGUAAACUUCUAGUUGAUGCAAUUCAUAGUCAACUAACUGAUAUGGAAAAAUGCAUUUUAAAAUAUAUGAAAGGAACAUCUAUCCUGGUACCUGAACCACUGCACUUUUUAUUACCAGGAGAAAAGAGUCUCAUAACAAUUUCAUAUCCAUCAGGAAUUCCGGACGAUCAGUUGCAGGCCUAUCGAAAGGAGUUACACGAUCUCUGCAAUCUGCCUCAUGACAGACCUUAUUUCAAAAGGUCUAAUGCUUAUCACUUUCCAGAUGAACCGUACAAGGAUGGUUACAUUAGAAAUCCACAUACUUUUCUGAAUCCUCCUAAUAUAGAGUCUGGUAUGAUCUGUGUGGUCCAGGGCGUGUAUGGUUAUCAUCAUUAUAUGCAGGAUCGGAUAGAUGACAAUGGUUGGGGCUGUGCUUAUCGAUCUCUGCAGACUAUCUGCUCUUGGUUCAGACAUCAGGGAUACACAGAGAGAUCCAUUCCAACACACAGAGAAAUCCAGCAGGCCCUAGUUGAUGCCGGUGACAAAUCAGCAACAUUUGUUGGAUCGCGGCAAUGGAUUGGAUCUAUUGAGGUGCAGCUGGUACUAAACCAAUUGAUUGGUGUAACUUCAAAAAUACUGUUUGUCAGCAUCGUAGAAGUUAUCCCUUUUAGUGCUAAAAUCUCCUCUGGAGGAGGAGUUUUGGCCCACACAAUAUUAGGAGUAGCAUGGAAUGAGAUAACAGGGCAGAUAAAAUUUCUGAUUUUAGAUCCACAUUAUACAGGAGCUGAGGAUCUACAAGUUAUUUUGGAAAAGGGCUGGUGUGGAUGGAAGGGCCCAGACUUUUGGAACAAGGAUGCUUACUAUAAUUUAUGUCUUCCUCAGCGGCCACAAAUGAUUUAA